AUGCGACUUCUGCUUUAUUUCAUGAAGAAAUCGUUAACCAAUGCCGAUGGAAGUAGUGAUAUGAUCACGGUAGUGACGAUAGCGCAUGCAAAUGUAAACAAAACGCUCGUGUUGACAAUAUUGAAAAAGAUUACGGAUAAGUACAUCGAAUUCAGGCUCGAUUCUGAUCCUACUAAAAGUGACCAGCCACAACAAUUGAAGCAUAAAAUGGGAGAAUUCAAGCCUUACAUGAAUCAAAUCAUAAAGUUUGAAGAGAUAAACUACGACACAAACCAGCGAAUGUAUAGCUAUGGAAAUCGAAAUGAUGGCACUGACAAUGAAACUUCUGCAUUGCUUGGAAGCUCGAGUUCGGACCAAAUCAACCCCAACCAGCUUCUUUUGGCAAACGAAGAAGUAGAAGAAGUCAGGCAAUUCAUGUUGGAGAACAUCAAUAAACUCCUCAGUCGAGGAGAUAAAAUCAACCUGUUGGUUGAUCAAACAGAUAGGUUAACAACUUCAUCUCUGGUUUUCCAGAAACGGUCACAGCAGAUCCGUAGAAAAAUGUGGCUAAGUAAAUCAAAAUUCAUGCUCACUAUUGUAGGAGUGGCUAUCUUCAUCAUUUACAUCCUCUUGGGGUCCCUGUGUGGAUUCCCAUUGUUUGACCAUUGCAUCCAUCACUGA